CGUUGUUGUUGAUACUUUCAAUUUCAAACCACCAUGAGCGACCCGAACAGCAUGUUUGCGACCGAGACGUUCUCGGAGGACUACCUGGGCACGGUCGUCGGCGCGCUGGGCGGCUUGGUCGGCUCUGUGCAGCCUGUGGCUGGCGCGCCGUCCUCUGCAGCAGCAGCAGCAGCCGCUCCCAUCGAUGCCAGCAUGGCGAACAUGACUGGCGGGCUCCAGUUUGGCCCUGGAUCCAGUGCAGGGACAGCGGCAGGAGGCUUUGGCAGCAGCGGCCAUCCGUCGCCAGCCUCGUUUGGCUUUGGAUUGACCCCGAGCGCCAGCGCCAGCAGCAGCAGCAGUGCGAUGGCCAUGGGUCGCGCGCCCGCUAGUUCGACUGGUGGUGCUGGUGCUGGUGCUGGUGCUUCAGGUGCUGCGGGCGGGUACAGCAUGCCCGCCUUCCAGAUGCCGCAGCCGAUGAUGGCCGCUCCCGUGCAGAACUUUGCGCAGGCUCGCCACCAGCAGCUCCUCCGCGAGCAGCAGCAGCAGCUGCAUCUGCAACAGCAGCACCAGCUGCAGAAGGAGCAGGCGCGCGCCGCAGCGGGCAACAACGAGAUUGACCACAACGAUCUGCUCGCGGUCGCUGGCGUCGACGAAGAGGCUGAAAACGAGCUGCUGAAGCAAUCCUUCACUCUGCGGCGCCCGGAAAAGGUGGUCGUCAUCCCAGUGGAGCCGCAAUUCAUCAACAGGGAGAACAUUACGCGAAAGGUCCAACAAGUUGCUUCGGCGGCUGGACUGUUCAUUGAGGAUCUUGACGUGAAUGAGUUUUUGGGACAUGCGUUGGAGCUCUAUCUCCGGAACAUCCUUGAGAAGCUCUUUGUGAUUAGCGAACAUCGCUAUGAGGUCUUCCGAACCUUGUAUCCGACUACAACGACUAGCGAGCCAAAGCGAUUGCUGACGUUGCUCCAGCGAGUUGAUGCAGCGCGCGAGGCUGCUCGGCAAGAGCAUGAGCGCGAGGCCAUCCUCCGUGCUUUCAAAGAUCGGAAAAAUCUCGAUGACGAGCAGCGCGAGCGUGCCAAACGCCUUCAAGCGGAUGCCGACAUUCGGAGUCAACAACGGCGAGCCAAUCAGGCUCUUGCACAGGUUCUUCCAAAGUCAAACCGCCCGUCAUUCCUGGACUCUGCCCGAUCGUCCAAUCCGCUGGGUGACUCUGGCGACGGCGACGAGUUCGUCCCUGUGGGGGCAGACGGAACUGCACAAGCUGGCGCGAACCCCGACGUCAAUGCUUCACACAUGAAACGCGCGCAAGCGUUCGACAUGGCGCCAUACCCACACACUGUGACUAUCAAGGACCUGCUCAUGUACAUGAACGGGGAUGCUCGCACCAAGCGAAGCCCGCUGUAUUUCAAGGCAUUGAUUCGACAGGCAACUGUUGGCAACGCUCAACCAGAAGCGCCGCGAUAUUUGGUGUAGAUGGCGCGAGUUUAAUAGAGACGAUUUUUCGAUG